UUUAAACUCCGCAGGCUGUGACUCUUGCUGCUCGGGGAGAGGCGUCUGUGACGAGAUGAACACCUGCAAUUGUCACGAGGGGUACAGCGGCCCCGGAUGUGAACAUCAGGAACAUGCAAAAUACAAGGUUUACAUCAACCCGGCCGACACGCGUCUUCUCUCCACCCAGACUUCAGACGGCGAGGUCAUCCAUCUGUUCGGUAAACGGUCUUCGGAUGGCUCUGUCCGGUCCCUUAAUGCUCUGAAGGUUCGUCAGACAGACGGACGUCAAACAUCCGUGACACUGGGGAAAAGAUAUCGUGUGAAGAGAAUAACCUCGUCCACCGGAAGUCGACUUAAUUUGAAAUGGCUCAGCCGGCAUCGCAUUUACGUCAAAGCCGUGACGCCUGAUGGUUCGUCUCAGGUCAACGUCGACGUUCGGUUAAAAAAUCAACGUUCCGGGAAAAAGAAAGUGAAUUAUCGGAAGAGGAGGAGAAAGAGAAGAGAGGCGAGUGAGGUGGGGUUGGGGCAGCUUAGAGGUGACUUUCCGUUUGACAGGAGAAUGUUAACCGAAACUCGCAGUCAGUAUUUGCAUAUACCUGUCCGAGUGGCCAGUUGUGAAGUACCGGAGCCACUCGCCGAGGUGUUCGCCAAUGUGUAUCUGAACUACCAGAACGGGACGUGGGACGGCUCUGCGGAGUAUCGUGCCAUGCGCACUAGAACCCCGGGGGUGUUUUACAUUCAAAUCCCCAAUAAUCCCGCCUCCAGGGCUAAGGACAGUCUGGCUAAAGCUUGCUCCUCUAUCGGAAAAGCGGCCUUACGGAGUUGCGCCUCCGUGUCGCCGAGAGUCCAGGUAUACGAGGAGAAAAUCUGCAACGCGACGGCCAACGGGUUUGAAUUUAUCCCGAACGCCGACCCUCGCCAGGUGCAAGACGUCCUUGAGACAUGUAGAGCCGGGUUUAAGGCGGUCGAGUCCCAUUGUAAGACGAUCGAUUUUACACCAGAACAACAGGAUCACGUCUUCUUGGACUGUGACAAUGUUCAGAGCUACGAGGACUCCUAUACGGACAAGCCGAUUUUCGUCUCGCCUGUUGUCGUCUACCCGGAUGGACGGAUCCUCAAAGGCAAAGGCGUCGAGAUUAAAAUCACCCGCAACAUGGUUUAUCACGAGGAAGGCUUCGUGUUGGACGACAAUGGCGGCGGCGUCAAACUGACGGACAUCGUCGUGGAUCCGUCCGAUCCUAAACCCAAGGAACGCUACACGGUCCGCGUUACUCACCGCUGUGCCUCCAACAAAACCUCUCUCUACUCCUCCGUGGCCGGAAGUGACUUCUACACAAACGAAAUGUCCUGUAUCGGGUAUAAAUCAUGCAACUGCUGUGAGCUUGGGGUCGCAGGGGCCGCAGAGCUCGUCGUGGACAGUGUCCAAGUCCAUAUCGAGGACCCCCACCUAAAGAUUCCGAUAUCUAGACAUGUUGUUGUUGUGUUCUGAUAUGCCAUUGGUGGGUACAGAGAUGAAAGCUUCUGUGGUCAUGCACUUAUGUGGAGAUGGCCUGCAGGAGUAGUGUUUUGUUUCUGUGCGCUGGUUCGUAUGGCCAAAUCCCGUGAGGUGUAGUAAUAUAAAUUUAUUCUGACGAUAUGACAGUGUGAUACAUGAACUACAAAUGAAAUCCUUACAAAUAUUUGAGAUAACGGGUUGAGCUGAUGGGUUACUGAAAAUUCAGCGUGUCUGACGAUUGUCACGACUAUUCAGUGAACAGAAUCUGUGACCUCAGGUUCGCGAAGCCAAAACCCGAUUUCUGGUUAUGGGGAGCGUCGUUGGCCUUUUACUUACUCUUGUCCAAGGCUGCGUAAUGAAACUAAUCAUUGUUGCUGACACUGCAGUACUUGUGCACUAGCUCAUUGCUUUAUUGACACAGC